AAGUUAUCAUUCGAGACCUAUGCUGACUCGGACAAUUCGUUGGUCAUCGGCCCAGAAGGAUUCGAACGACUCUGCAAUGACGGUAAUCUUCAGUUAGAGGGGGCUAUGCCAAUGAUACUGGCUUGGCAGUUAAACUCGAAAGAGAUGGCGAAGAUAUCUCACGAUGAGUGGCAAAUAGGGAUGGCAAAUCUGCAAAUCACAUCCCUUUCUGCCCUUACGAUUGCUUUGAACGACCUCAAUGAUCUGCUUAUACUGGGAAUGCCACCCCUCACUCCUGCUGCGUCAACGAAAAAGAAAGGUGCGGGCAUGCCGGCGAAGGACCCUUACAACCGUGUUCGGUACUGGGCCUACGCAGGUGACAUACACAAAUCUUUCUCGGAACUGUAUGGUUUCUGUUUCAAGCUCGCCAAGCCUGAAGGCUCUCGUAAUAUCGACAUGGAGACGGCAACGGCGUUAUGGAGCGUAUUAUUGGUCCCGCGGUACCCUUUGAUCGCUGAGGCCAUAGUUUUCAUUAAUGAGAAUCGGACCUACAAAGGCGUCAACAAGGACUUAUGGAACAUGAUGCUAGAGUUCUCCAGGACUGUCAGCCCAAACCUCGACAAUUAUGAAGCGGAUGGCGCGUGGCCGACUUUGCUUGAUGAUUUCGUUGCAUGGAAGAAA